AUGUCGAAGCGGCCAUAUGCAUCAGAUUUUCCGUCCGGUAGUCCUUCCCCCCCUAUCCGCAAAACUAUAGUGACAACUGAACCACAUCUCUGGAACCGGAAUAAUCAGAGUCUCCGAGCCCUAGAGCCACAGCAAGCUAGGGAAACUUCUGCAGCAGUAGUGGCAAAGAGGACGAUAACCCCAGACCAGUUAUGGCGGACUCCAAUAACUCGCUCCAUGGGGAUAAAUGCCAUCCUUAACCCUUCUCAUUCUUUGGCUAUGGACCCAUCUCCUCCACUGGGGAUUCGCGAUCUUCUGGAGCCCGCUCUUUAUUCGUCUUCUUCUCCUUCCACCAAUCCACCAGCCACUCCAUCCCCUAUGGGUUUAACUCCAUCAUCGGAUCCAUUCAUGUCACAACAUGGUCGCAGGAUGUAUUCACCAGUACCGCAACGCCAUAUACUCACGGCUAAAUCACCUGCAGUACGUUCUCAAAACAUUGGUUUCGGAUACCCUCCUGUUCGUGGUACCAUGCUUGUGGAGCAAACGCCCUUCGUUCCUCAGCCGUAUGGGGACUCGCUAGUACGAUCGUCCAUGGAUGCAUCCCAAUCAACGCGGCAUUUCAUGUCCAAACUAUCCAACCGUCCAACUACUUUCCCUGGCAAUUCGCGUCCAGUUGUCGCACCACAGAACACAACGUUAGAUAUGGCACAGACAGCAUACAGACCGCUUCUCCAGGCUUCGCAUCCUCCUUCACCAACCAAUUUGCUCCAGCAGCCGAUUUCAUCUCUUCCCCAGCAUAUAGGCGACCCGUUCACUGGUGAAGAAAGCUGGGGUAGAACACCGCAGAAUAGUGAUUCUUCCUACACAUUUGUAAGCGCACAUAGCAGAUUUUCUUCGAUAAGGGAUCCAUCAUCACAAUCGAUCAUUCCAAUUGAUUUUGAUUCUGGAUCUCGAGAAGCGGCGGAGAAACGAUUAAAAAAUUGUGCUGCUUCCAGGAGUUUUCGGAAAAGGAGGAAACUAAAUGAGAACGAGAUGAAACAUAAGUUGGAAAGACAGGAGGACAAGAUUAGACAUAUAACCGAGGCGAGGGAUUUCUACCGCGCGGAACGAGACUUUUUCAAAGCCUUGUAUGGCAGAGAUAUGGGAUUGGAUCGUAUACCCCGGCGACCGCAGUCUCCCGUCCCGGAAUCUGAAGGAGAGCAAGAAGUAGGACAAGUUCGGCGCCAACUAGAUUGCCGUUACCGUCAAUUUCCCUCCAAAGUCAAACCCAUUCCCAACGAGGACAACAGUCUCAGCUGCGUGGAUCUCCCAAGUGACUCGUCCACGUAUGCCAAAUCUGUUUCCGUCGACAUGUGUUCCUCCAGAGACCUCCCUACCACCUCUAUAUUCUCUAAGAAAACCGCACGGCAGGAGCUGGAGUCAUGGCCCGUAGGUAUACAAUUUACAGCAGAGUGCAUCCGUUUCGUGAAAAUCAGCGGCGACCGGUUCCCAAUCGUUCAUUACUAUGUAGCAGCGUUUUGA